CCCCGCCCCCUGGUCCAGGUCCUGCGCCUUGGCCUCCUCUCCUUCAGAGAGUCAGAGGCUCUGCAGCAGCAUCUGGUCCUCAGACACCAUCAGAGGCAGAGCCACGCCCUGCUGCUGGUCCAGCACCCCCCCACCUUCACCACGGGGCUGCGCUUGCCUCCCCUACCCUCCCCCCUGCUGGAGGGCCUGCGUCAGACCGGGCCGAGUGCAGCGCUGCAGCCGGGGGGGCUGAACUUCCACGGGCCGGGGCAGCUCGUCUGCUACCCCAUCCUGCACCUGGGCAGCUUCAAGAAGAGUGUGCGAUGGUAUGUGUGUGAGUUGGAGCAGACCGUCCUCUCCGUCUGCAGACGGUUCGGCAUCGAGGCGUCGACGUCGCCUCACACCGGAGUCUGGGUCGGAGACAACAAGAUCUGUGCCAUCGGAAUCCACUGCGGUCGCUACGUCACGUCUCACGGCUGCUUGAACUGUAACACCGAGUUGUCGUGGUUCGCCCCAAUCGUGCCGUGCGGAAUCGAAGAAGGCGUGACGUCGCUGAGCGCUGAGCUGCAGAGAGACGUGAGCGUGGAGGAGGCCAUCCCCGUGCUGCCUGAGGCCUUCAGGGAGAGGUUCAACGUCUCCUCUCCUGACGUCUCCCUGACGUCUCUCUGA